GCUAUCCGUGUGAGAGCCUGCCCUCUACAGCCAUCUCGUGGCGCAUAGCUGUCGAGCUUAAAGGUAGGUCGUUUAAUCCGACAGCUUUCAGUCUUGUCAACUCGCAACGGGUUAUCUCUCCUCUUUUAUCUCAUCUCUCAUCUCGACCUUGUUACUUGAGCUUAGGCCUGCUUCACCACCAAAGCAUUGGGUGGACUGACCUCCUGUAACCCUACCUCUCGCAUCUGAUUAUACAGCAUGGCUAUCGAACGUUACGACAUCGUAAUUGUGGGCGCCGGACCCGUUGGCCUUCUAUUGUCAACCUGUCUGGCAAGAUGGGGCUACAAGAUCAAGCACGUCGAUAUGCGACCUGUGCCCACAAUCACCGGACGCGCAGACGGCAUCCAGCCUAGAUCACUAGAUUUGCUCGAGAACAUGGGCUUGAAGCAUGGCAUUAUGGCAUACGACCCUGCGAAAGUCUACGAGGUCGCAUUCUGGGAUCCGCAAUCUGGCGGGAAAGGCAUACACAGAACCGGGACUUGGCCGUCUUGUCCAAAGUUCAUUGACGCACGCUAUCCAUUCACAACUCUUCUGCAUCAAGGUCUCAUUGAAAGGGUAUUCAUUGCGGAUAUUGAGCAGCAUGGCACGAAGAUUCAGCGGCCGUGGGAGAUUAAAGGCUUUAGCUCGGAUGGCGUGGAUAAGGAGUAUCCGGUCGAGGUCAGUUUAGCACACGUCAACGGUGAUGAGCAAGAGACAGUACGCGCAAAGUAUCUGUUCAGUGGGGAGGGGGCUCGCAGCUUUGUUCGGGAGCAACUGAAGGUGAAGAUUACGCACAAGGAUCCGAUUGCGCACGUUUGGGGUGUUAUGGAUGGUGUGGUGAAGACGAACUUCCCGGACAUCAAGAUGAAGUGUACCAUCCACUCCGAUGCUGGCUCAAUCAUGGUGAUUCCACGUGAGGCGAACAUGGUGCGGUUGUACAUUCAGAUUGCGUCUUCAACCGAUCCCGACUGGCAUCCGCGCAAGACCGCAACGACGGAGCAAGUGCAAGAAGCGGCCAAGAAGAUCUUGAAGCCUUAUACUAUCGAGUGGGAGCGCGUCGAGUGGUUCUCCGUCUACCCGAUCGGCCAAGGUAUCGCAGACAGAUACACGCUCGAUGAGAGGGUAUUCAUGGGCGGUGACUGCUGCCACACUCAUUCGCCGAAGGCGGGUCAGGGCAUGAACACGGCUUUCCUCGACGCUCAGAACCUCGCCUGGAAGAUUCAUCACGUUGAGUCUGGUUUCGCAGACCGCUCCAUUCUCAAGUCUUACGAGAGCGAGCGGAAGCUCAUCGCAGAGAACCUUUUGAACUUUGAUGCGCAGUAUGCGAAGUUGUUCUCGCAGCGACAGCCGUCGGCGGGUGAAGUUGGCUCUGCAAACAUUCAAACCGCCGGUGAGCAGCAACCCGCGGAGGACAAUGAAUUCAUGAAGACGUUCAAGGCGUCUUGCGAGUUCACCUCCGGCUAUGGCGUUGCAUACAACGAGAACAUCUUCAACUGGUCACAGAAUCACCCGGCGCAAAGCCCGCUCUUCUUGUCGGAGAAGCAGGGCACAACCACUCAGCGCACCGGUAGGAUCAUGACUCCGGCGACGGUUACGAGAGUAUGCGACGCGAACGUCGUCUUCCUUGAGCAGGAGAUCCCGCUGAAUGGCUCCUACCGCUUGUACCUCUUUGGUGGCAAACCUUCCGUGACGAAGAACGCUAUCAAUGACUUCGCCGCAGGGUUGACACAGAAAGGCUCCUUUUACUCGUCCUACAAGCGGCCCGACGUUGAUGCUGUCAGUCAUCUCGAGAAGCACAACCCGCACAGCCUGUUCUUCUCCAUUGCCACAAUCUUCAACGCGCACAGGCCCGAGAUUGAGAUCCGGGAACUGCUGCCAGAGGUGCUUGCGCGUUACUUCGACCAUGUGUAUGCGGACGAUAUCUGGGACCAGCGCGUGCCCAACGCCAAGGCUGCAGCACACGCGAAGAUGGGUCUCUCGGAAGAUGAAGGUGGUGUGGUUGUCGUGCGGCCAGAUGGCUAUGUGGGCUGCGUGGUGAAGCUUGUUGACGGCAGCGGCACGGUUGAUGCGCUCAACAAGUAUUUUGCUUCCUUCACCGCAAAGAGCCUGGGCGGCAACCGGGCACAGCUGUAGAACAGUAUUAUGUAUACCCGGCCGAUGGCGAUUGCGAUUGCGAUGGCGUUUUUGGUGCAGGACAUGUAAAUAUGCCGGCUUCGGCUGAAAGACCUACAAAACUCUUGUAGUGACAGAAUCGUGGUCAGUCUCCUACCAUCUCAGUCAUCCAAGUUUGCGAAACCGACAUAUAUAUGCAUCUAUACACAAUGUAGUGUGCAAGAACUGGUUGCUUGGUAUUGGAUCGGCGGUUG